ACCGCCCGCUUGAAUCAACAGGAGCCAAAUUCUUCGUUAAGCUGCCGCUGUGAUCACACUCUCGUCGAUCUGCGGCAUUGAUAGGCGCAGUUAGCGCGCACGAGGAUCUACGCGACCAGCGCGCCGGGCAGCGCGAAACCAAUAGCCACAAAACAAGCGGCCCGCCGCUACUAAAUGCAGCGGGGCCGCGGCGCGGGCAUGUCCUACCGCGGGAAUGGCCAGACGGCGCGCGACAAGGCCAACGCGAGCGACGUCGAGCUCGGAUUAAGGGAGAACAGCGCCCACUUGGAUGCGUUGAGUGACAAGGUCUCGCUGCUCAAGGGCCUGACGCAGGAGAUCGAGGGCGAGGUCGCCGGCCAGAACCGGUUUCUAGAUACCAUGGGCGGAGGCCUCGGGAACGCGGGCUCGGCGCUGGACUCGACGAUGGCAGCAUUGGAGCGCAUGAGCUCCCAGGGCGGCGCGCGGUUUGGGUUGUGCGUCGCGGGCGCCGUCGUCGUCUUCUUCUUCUGCCUGCGCUACGCGGUGCUGACGGCGCGGGGGUAAGGGAUUGGUGUUGAACUCUGUGUCUGCGGUGGG